AUGCCACCCGUACUCUCACGAAAGCGCAUCCAGUCGGAUUCGCCCGUGCCCGUGCCUGAGCCGCCACCUAAGCGCACUCGCGUCAGCAAACCGAACGCCCGUCGCGCGAAAGAAUCCGUCUUUCAGACCUUGGACACGGCACCCAAGGCGAAGCGCACACUUUCGCAGACCAAGGCCUUCCUCGAGCAAGACGAUGACGACAGCGAAUUGUCCGAGCCCGACAGCAGUGAAGACGACUUCGAGGAUGUGCCAUUGGACGGCGCAAAUAAAGGUAAGGGCAAGGCAAAGGCGCAGGAUGAAGAUGACGGCAACGAAAGCGUGGAUGAUGAUUGGGAGGAUGCACUGGGAGGGCAACACCAUACGAAGCACGAUCAUGGACCCACACCAGUUGUCACCGGCGGCAUCUCGCUCACGCUCUCGGCCGCGCCCAAGAACGCCUUCGAUUCAAGUGCAAGGACAGAUGGCAAGAAAGGGCCUUCAAAGAGACAACGUCAAGUGCGGAAUGCUACUCAUUGCAUGCACGUACAGUUCUUGAUGUUCCACAACCUCAUCAGAAACGCAUGGAUUCAAGACAAAGACGUGCAGAGGACGCUGGUAGAGGGCCUCUCUUCAGGUUGCUGGAGUGAGAUUGACCGAUACUGGCGCGAUGCUGGUAUACCGGACGGAGCGAGCCGAGCAGUAGCGAAGCGUCGAGAGCCUCCAGCCCCCAAGAAGACACCGACAACCGAGGGCAAGGGAAAGAAGGGUAAGUGGACAGAAAGUGGCAAGAAGGGCGUCCAGCUCUACGAGAGCCCGCAGAGCAAGCGCCUGCUUACGAAGGAGACGGACAAGAAGGCACCGAAAGGCACAGGAAAGGAUCGGGCCAAAGGCGACAGGACUGUUCGCGACUGGGGCGCAGCAUCUGAGCCACUCGAGCCGAACACCCCUAAUUUGUCAGCUGGUGAUCCUUUGAUAAGACUGUUGCGAUACCUGUCCGCGUAUUGGAAAUCAAAAUUUCGCAUCACGGCCCCAAGUCUGCGGAAGCGUGGGUAUUUGUCACCAGCCACCCUGGAAGACGAGAUCACUGCCUGGAAAGAAACACCAUUCCAUGCAGACACUUUCGGAGAACGCAUCGAGAGUAUUGAUGCCUUCCGCGACGUCGCACGCAAAUGCGAAGGCAGCAGAGAUGUUGGCGAACAACUUUUCACCGCCCUGGUUCGUGGCCUUGGUAUCGAGGCAAGAAUGGUUGUCAGCCUACAGCCAGCUGGCUUCGGGUUCAGUCAAGCCGAAGAGGGAAAGCCAAAGAAUUUGACCAAGUUGAAAGACGCUGUAAAGGAAGCAGUCACCACACCUGCGAAAGCAACGCCGUCCAAGGGGAAGCUUCCACAACGUGCGGCCACAAGAACCAAGCGCACCUCUCUCGAGAGCGAUCUUUCGGAUGAUAGUGACCUCAGCAGUGUCAUCUCGAUAUCUUCAGAUACGGACGACAACAAGCCAGCCAAGAAGGCCCCCAAACGACGCGACUACAGUGAAGAGCUUCCUUACCCGACAUACUGGACGGAAGCGAUUUCACACCUGACGCAUACUCCUAUUUCUGUUUCACCACUACCACGCGUUCUGAUCGCGAGUACAUCCUCGCCAGAGAAGCUGCAAGACUUCUACGCUCGUGGUGCGGCAGCCGACAAAGCCAGACAAGUUCUUGCUUACCUCAUCGCUUUCUCGUCGGACGGAAGUGCUAAGGACGUCACGACGAGAUAUUUACCCAAGCACCAAUGGCCCGGCAGGACGAAGGGCUUCCGCAUGGCUGUAGAAAGAAUUCCUAUACACAACAAGCGUGGGAAAGUAAAGAGGUGGGAAGAAUGGGACUGGUUUGAGUCACUCAUGCGACCCUACGCACGUGCCCACGACAAGCGACGGCCAUGGGACGAAGUCGAAGACGAGGGCGAUCUUGUGCCUGCAGAGCCAGAUAAGAAGAAGGAAAUGGACGAAGAAGGCGGUAAAGAGUCGUUGCAGGGAUAUAAGAACUCUACCGAAUAUGUACUGGAGCGGCAUUUGCGCCGCGAAGAAGCUCUCAAACCCAACGCAAAGGUCGUCCGGCACUUUGUGACCGGCAAAGGCGACAAGGAGAAAUCCGAGCCAGUGUACCGCCGCAAGGACAUCGUCAAUUGCAAGACGGUCGAGUCAUGGCAUAAAGAAGGCCGAGAGGUCAUGGAAGGUGAGCAGCCGCUCAAGUACGUACCCAUGCGCGCCGUAACGGUCACACGGAAACGCGAGAUCGAAGAGCGCGAACGAGACGAGGGUGUCAAACCAAAGCAAGGCUUGUAUUCGAAAGCACAGACUGACUGGAUCAUUCCGCCGCCCAUCGUAGACGGCAAAAUCCCGCGCAACGCUUUCAACAACAUCGACGUGUACGUUCCUACUAUGGUACCGAAGGGUGCUGUACACAUACCGCUCAAAGGAACCGCACGCAUCUGCCGCAAACUCAACAUCGAGCACGCCGAGGCAUGCACUGGCUUCGAAUUUGGCAAACAGCGCGCCGUGCCUGUGCUGACAGGUGUCGUCGUUGCUGCCGAGAACGAAGAUAAGGUCAUUGACGCCUGGGAAGUCGAAGAAGCAGAAAAAGCUCGAAAAGACGCAGAGAAGCGAGAAAAGUUGGUACUCGGCUUGUGGAAGAAGUUCAUGAGUGGGUUGCGCAUUGUAGAGAGGAUGAAAGCAGAGUAUGGUGAGGAUGUGGAGCUACCAGCGAAGGCUGCGUCUGCUCCAAAGAAGGAGAAGAAAUCUGAAUGGGAGGUUUUCCAGAAUCAGGACGAUUUUGAAGGAGGCUUUUUGCGCGAGGAUGGGCCGCCGACUCGAGAUGAGCCUGCUCGUGCCCACGAAGACGAGGACGAGGAUAUGGCUGGUGGCUUCUUCGCUGCUAGUCAAGAGGAGCCCGAGCAUGGAGAUCUCACCAUCGACCACGGCGACACAAAAGUUGAGAAACGCGCGCCAGUGGCAGAGAGCUCGUACCAGGCUCCCAUGUCCCUCAUUUCUACGUUGCAAGAUCCCGUCGAUGAGGAUGAGGACGAACCCGAUCAUGACGAAGAAUCGGCCGAUAACAUGGACGUAGACAAAGCCUCACCCCCGCCAACCCGUCGCCAACCAACAACACGCGGUCGCGGUCGCGGUCGUCCCUCAAAACCCGCGCCAGCAUCGACACGCCAGCGCAAGUCCAUCUUCGCUGAAUCGUCCGACGAAGACGAGGAAGCAUCCGCGCCAGCUCCCCCACCCACUACUCGUUCAGCGCCUAAACGUAAAGCGGCGCGCAAAAGCGAUGCGCAGGUCAAAAGCCACUUUUUCGCUGAGGGGAGUGAGGCGGAGACGGACUUGACGGAUCUGACGGAUCGCACGUCGCCGAAGAAGGGCGCGAGGGGCAAGGGUGGGAGAGGGAGAGGGAGUGGGAGAGGGAGAGGACGUGGGAAAGGGAGAAGUUGA